GUGUGUAUGUUUGUAUGUCUGUGUCUGUGUGUGUUACUAAACCCGAUGUAACUAAAGCCAGUGGUGGUUCAUCUGCAGAGGGGGAUGGAGCGCUGUGCUGCUGUGAGGUGGCGUGUGGCCAGCGCCGCGCCGCGUGAGAUGCGUCCUGCUUCAUAGAAACAAAGUGCUCGUGCGAAACAUGAGGAAUAACUCUCCGUGCUUGGCUUCGAGGCAGAGGAAAAUUAAGCAUAUGUGUUCUCUAAUUUCAGUCGGUUUAAGACAGUGUGGCCUGACGGAGUGACGAUGCGCGGAGUGGCUAUUAUACGUGAUGUGAUUUUACAUGAUUAUGGAGAGGGAGCUGAUCCGCUCCUCCCUCCCUUCUCGUGUGUGCGUAUGUGCGUGUCAGUGUUUACAUCACUCAGUUAAACUGCAGCGCGGCACGGCGAGGAAACACUCGUGCUUGUGUAUUGGUCAUUAGUUUUAAGAAGAAAGACGACUCGUUUCAGACAGUGUUGGUGCGAGGGUCGGUGGCAGGAUGUGUGACUGGCGGGAAUGUCACGGGAAGGAAAAACAUGCCUAUAAUCAACUCAGACCUAAGGCAGGGCAGCAGCUCGGCGUGAGAGCAAGGUGAUGCAAACAGUAGCACGGCAUAGAUAUCUAUACCGUGAGCAGUAGCGUCGGAGCAGCGGCCGGGACGUGAACACUUGCGUGGCGCAGCGCCGAUCAAACGGCGGCGUGCCAUGACCUCGGUGCAUGAUGUUCAUUUAUUCAUACGCAGCUGAGUUCUCUUCGACUUGGCAACAGCAAAGGCCACAUGUUACCAACUAGUAAAAUGUCGAAUGGAUGAGUUAAAGCAGAGGGAGAUAAUCGAGUGUGUGAUGAGUAAGACAGGUAAAGGCGGGUCGGCGCCCAGUAGCCGUCGAGGGGCCGUGCCGGCGUGGCGUGGAUGUUGAAACAAUGAGCAGCAAGAGACGCUUGAACAUUAUUUGGGAGCAACGCGUGCCUGGGAAAGGGGAGAGGAGCAGCGGCAGGUGGUGGGAGGUGGAGGUGGAGAUGAGCUGCCAUGCAGUAAAGGCUUCGAGGGGGGAGGGUGUGGGGGCACGCUAGAUAUCGUAAUUUCAUUACAUUUGCGAGGUCUGGAGUGAAAUAACUUGCAUCAGUGGGGAGUGUGAGCGAGGCGCGGUGAAGCUUGGAGCACAGCAGCUCGCCCAGGCCGCACCUCGUGUGACGGGGGGACAGGGGCUUGGUGGCCACACGAGGGGUGAAACUGUCCCAGUGAAACACGUGAUGCGCGGUGCUCGCCGCCAGUGUUGUGGUGCUGUGCUAGCAGCCACUGCCGCUCCUCGCUCACACGCCUCAACAUCCUGCAGCAAGGCGGCGUUCAAGCGUUUCACGUGCACCUGAUAAGAGCGGCCGGUGUUUCCGUGUUCUUUGCAGUGGCAAUACAUGUGUUACUGAGUUCAUCAGUGCUGGCAUUUACUUUGCUGAAACCCAUGAGACGCUUGAAUUAUUAAGCUGACAUUAAGUGAGACACAGCAGCUGUACCUGGUCGUUGCUAUUUAGUAAAGAUUGCCGGUGACUCAAUAUACGCCCUGAGUGUUCAUGCGUGAACCCACGAUGGAUGCUGACGACGCCAGCAUGAACGAUUCCCUCCCCGGCAGCGGCCUGGGGCGGGUCAGCAGGCGCAGCAGCCAGUGCAGCAGGAUGAGCAGGCGUGCCAGCAGCGCCAGCAACAGCAGCAGCAACAUCAACAUAGACGACCUGUCGCUGCUGUCCGAGUCCUUCCCGGCGCGGCUGUGGCAGCGCUGGACGGGCCUCCCGAUGCCUCUGGGAAAAAUGUCGGAAUACGGCUUCGAAGAGGACGACAGCGGGGGGCUCGGCGGCCACCAGGCGGACGCUGGCCAGAACUACAUCACUGUGAUCCCCGUGGAGUACCCGACCAGGCGACCCUACGGGGACUACGAUGCCUUCCCGCGCUCAGCCACCAUCGCCAGGACUCGCAGUAUCAGUGCGGGCGACCUUUCAUCCUCCCGCCCACUCCUCCAGCCCACUCCACUCACCCCAUCUAGCGGCAGAGUCCCAGCUCCCGACCGCCCCACGCUUGCUCGCCGCAGGGUAGUGGACACUUCGGACCCCCGUGUUCUCUCAUGCCCGUUUUCUUUCUGCAACAGGCGUCCGCGAGGGGAGACAGAUGCGUUUCCCAGGUCCGCCACGAUUUCCAGGGAGUUCCUGCGGGAGAGAGCAGCGGCGGACUUCCUACGAGCGGACUACAACAAGGGCAGCGCGGACCACCUGGAUAAGGCCGCUGGCUUCUACCCGAGCAUCCCGCCCCCUGCCUUUGAUGUGCCCCCUCUCACGCUGGAGCCAGACACCCGCCGCCCCUCCUCCACCACCCACAUGAUGUCGCAGUCCACCACCUCCGUGCCCCCUAGCGCCAAUACCAGCCUCCCCAACCACAGCAGCAUGCCCCCUAACCACACCCACAGUCAGUGGCACCCACGUCCUCCCCCAACAACCUGGUGGGGGGCGUCUGUGAACCACCCGGCAGUGUCGCAGCCGCAGCAGCCCCACGACGACUACGACAAGCACCACCCGAAGCCAGACCACGACAGCAGGAAGGCUAACAACGCGAAGGGCUCCGCGGCGGGAGGACGCGUCAACUGCACGGUGGAGGUGUGUGUGUUCCUGCACUCUCGCGUGGCGGUGCGGCUGCGGCUCGAGGACGGCGCCAGGAUCACGGCCCAGGAGCUGCAGAGCAUAGUGAUCGAGGAAGAGGACGUGGCUCUCCCCAAGCAGGCCAUGGAGGUGUUCGCGUUGUGGCUGGUGUCUCCUGUACUGGAAAUCCAGUUGAAGCCACACCAGCGCGUCCUGGAGGUGCGGCGCCACUGGGGGGAGCUGCUCAAGAGGUUCACGCAAGUGCCAGUCAAGCCCCAGGACGCCCGCUACGCCUACGAGCCCAAAAUGGUGCUCAGGAGGAACGUCUUCUUCAGCAAGAGGGACGAAGUCAAGAUCAGAGACGCCAAGAUCCUGGAGCUGCUGUACGAGGAGGCUCAGUGGAACAUGCGCUCGGCCCGCUACCCAUGCGAGCUGUCCGACUACGAGAUGCUGGCGGGGAUCCAGAGCCGCCUGGAACUGGGACCUUACGACCACACCACUCACACGCCCUCCUUCUUCAGGCGGCGGCUGCUGGACUACCUGCCGGAACACGCGUGUCGCCUCAAGCUGAGUGACCUGGUGAGCUUCAGCAGCAAGUCGACCCCCGAGAUCCGCAUCAUCGAACAGUUCCGCUCCAUCCCGAGCAACGUGACGGCGCGCAAGCUCGUCAGGAAGUACCUCGAGUUCUCCUGGUCGCUGCCUUACUACGGGAGCGCCUUCUUCCACGGGCAGAUCGAACAGGCGGCGAGAGGCAUGGGGUCGUGGCUGCCUCGCCCUGACAUCCCGGUCCUGGUCACCAUCAACGCCACGGGAGUCAGCGUGAUCGAUCCCAAGAAGUCGACGGUGUUGCUGAGUCUCCGUUACGAUGAACUCUCCUGGGACUUCGCGAGGCCGAGCAAUGAGCGGAUCGCCACCUGUCUGCCCUGCCUCUUCCUUCAGUUCGCGGUGGUGGAGAACGGCCGGAGGUAUUCCAAGCUGCUUCAGAUAUUCUCCAAACAAGCGGUGAUGAUGGACGCCCUUAUCAGCACCUUCGUUGACGAGCUGAAGAGGCGAGCGGCACAGUACCCGGACGACCUCGAGGGCCACAUGUUGGAUCACGGCACGGAGGUGGACGACGUACUGGUGCCGCUCUCCACGGUGUCCCGCAAGGAGGUGCCCGACUCAGUGCUCUGCAACAAGCUGCACCGCCUCUCCCUCGCUACCUUCUCCGAGGACGGUCGCUGCGUGGGCACCAUGGGGUCCUGGCAGUUCAGUAGAUGAGGGGAUGCCAUUGACUACGUGUGACCCGCCGCCCACGCCGCCCCGCCCCGCAUGGCCUCCUCUGACUCGGCCGCUUCCUGCACCCUGGCGGCCCUCGCCCUCGAGUCGGCGCCGCUGCUCCGCUCGUGACCGGCGCACACACACACUCACACAGGCCUCCGCUUCAGUUUGUAAGAACGCGCACUAGUUCUCUAAGUCAUCAGUAAUUUGGAGAUAACAGAAUAAUAACCACGGAGCUCAUCUCCUCUGCGAUAUACUGGUCAUAGUAGUGGGUAGACUCAGCCUCUAGUGUUGUAAGCGGCGGCCAGAGACGCGACCACCAGGCUGCUGUUGUUGCUGCUGCUGCUGCUGCUGCUGCUGCUGCUGCCGCUGCUGCUGCUGCUGCUGCUGCUGCUGCUGCCGCUGCUGCUGCUGCUGCUGCUGCUGCUGCUGCUGUUGGCCGACCCCCCCACCUGCUCAAGGCCGCAAUCGUUCGUCAGCUCCCGUACAGGGCAGCGUCCCGGCCGACCUUUGCUGUGAUAUUCCUGUGUGUCAAGCCCGUGGAAUUGACGCCCAAGUGGGGUGAUAAGAGGCCGUGGAAAAAUAACUCUCUCUCUCUCUCUCUCUCUCUCUCUCUCUCUCUCUCUCUCUCUCUCUCUCUCUCUCUCUCUCUCUCUCUCUCUCUCUCUCUCUCUCUCUCUCUCUCUCUCUCUCUCUCCCUGUUGGGUAUCUCAGACAACAACUCAAGCUCAGUACAAACGCAUUCGUCAGAGACAUUCCGACUUCCAAAUUGUUUUAUAGUCAUACUCGCCCCAGGUGUGUGUCUUGUGGGGCACUGAAGCGAAGGCACCACGGCUAGCAACACCCUCAUACCCUGAUACCCUGGUGGCCGGACGGGAGCCAGGGGCGGGUGGAGGCGUGGCCGGGAAGGCAGACGGAACUUCCCACCCCCUUCCCUGGCGUCAGAGGGUCAUGCACAGGCCGCGAGGAAGCUGAUGUGGAAGAGGAUGACCUGAUCUGACCUGAAGGAGAAUGCUGAGAGACACGCUGAUUUCCUUCAAGAACAACAGGAUGCAAUGUUGAUACGAUAAGGAACCUUUGUCAUGUUUCCUUUCACCUUUACUGGGCGAAGCUUUGUUAUACACGAGUCGACUCUGGUUUGUGUGUUUCAAGUGUUGGGUCGUGGAAGCUGUGGCACAACCACUUCUACCACCACCACCACCACCUCCCAUCCUUCAACCAGAGUCGAGGCGAAGACCGUCUUUAUUUGGCCUUUGGUACGAGUAGAGGCCACCCAAUCUUCCGCCCGCAAGCUGUCGCGCCGUCAUUCCUUGAGAGUAGUGGCAGAAGCUGUGGUGGAAGUCAAGAGAGGAGUACACUUGUCCAGGCGUGUCACGUUAUGAUAUCGCCCGGUCAAUCCACUUAUUACCACUUCAUCAUUUUAUUACAUGUUAAGUGUGGAGUGUUCAGGUGACACUGGUGUGUAUGACCUCACGGGUCCCGCCUGUGGGUGUGAGCGGAGGGGCGUGCACGUGUCUGCACUGCCCCGUGACUCACACCUGUCCGCCUUAUCACGUGCACUGCAUCAUGCUUGUGUCACACCUGUGCAUGCGUGGGAACCAUGAACCAAUACUGAUGAGCCUCACCUGAACCGUGUGUAAGGUGAGUGUUGGGUUGGUGGUGCAGCGGCCAGGUGGUGUAAGGUCCAGUGUGGCUAAUUUAUUGUUACUCUAUUUAUUUACCUGAAAGGGAGACUGGAGAGUGAUUACAAACUGCCACUCCCUGAAACUUGUUAUAGAGAGUCCUGAUGUCUUUUCUUAGCUGUAUUAUGUUACUGUUCAUUUUGAGUUUGAAGCUUGGAUCACUAGACGUUUCGAAACAGGUUAUAUGAUUAGCAUGGCAAGUUCGAAGCCUCAGUGAAUCAGGCGUCUCGAAACACCGGCAUCACUUUAAGUGGUUAUUGUUUUCUGUAGUAGACGAGUUCGAACCCUCAGUCACGAAGCCUCAGUCAUCCAGGUGUCUCGAACAUCACCAUCCACAUUACAAUUUUCAUCAGCCAUCUGCAUCACCAACCCACCAACACCAUCCCUCCCACCACCACUACUGCCACCACCAUCACCAUCAGAGGCAGAUACUCGAGGCUGCAGCUUAGUCGUUACUCGUUGUGGGAGUUCGACGCGGGCAACCCUCAUUCCUCACCUCCCCAUCCCUCCCCCCGUCACCAUCACCACGUUACGUACCCCGUGUCCUCACUGUAAGGUAACGCGGUCGUCGCAAUGCACGGCAGGUUAUACUCGUGGUCUUAAUCCGUACAUCGUGAACACCAAUUUCCCUUUCCCUUUCCCCAGCUGAGUAAGAGGAACAUACGAGCAGGAUUGUAUGAUAUCCCCCCCAUUCCGCUCCAAAUUUAUAAGGAAGAGUCUUCGUUGUAAGGAAGUGCAUGAAAUGAUACCCUGUAUUUCUGGAGUCCCUUCACCAGUUUAAUGAUUCCGGUCUUUGUUUGGGACGUGAGUGAUCUCGUCGUGACUCCCUGACUCCCGAUGUGAUGGUGAUUGUUUUCUUUUUCUCUUCUUUUUAUGAGUGAAGAAGACUGGUCAAGGAUAAAAAAAAAAUAAAUAAAUAAAAAAUAGAAAAAUAUCCCAUCAAGUUGCCGCUCUUAAAAUAUUAAAAAGAAUUGCAACGCUCGUCACGUGUGCCUCCACCGUCACUGGCUGGUGUUGCUGGCCACGCUUGGACUCGGAGGAGCACGUGAAUUUCGAGUUAUUUUUAUGUUUCCAUUGUCUGUGAAUUUGCGAUAAUAAACCAAAUAUGUAUACUAGUGAUGUAUACUCGUGCUGCGUCUUGUAUACUACAGUUGAGGGGAGAAAUUGGUCUUGUUUCUUUAGGUUUCUUGAAAUGUUAUCGCCAGAGGAACAAGAGAUUAAUACGAGUAAGAUGUCUGAGGGACUCGUCUUGAUCAUGAGAAUUUGCCUUGGUAAUGUGACAAACUUAAGCUUUGCCAUAAAUUGUUCAGUGCUGUUAUUGAAAGUCUCGGUUUUAUUGUAAUUUUAAUCAAUUAACGCACGUGGUAGUGAGGUGGGUUGUGGUGUUAGAACUGAGCAGACCAUCGUGCUGCACCAGCAGACAGGAACUCCGUGUUUGUGUUAGCAAGAGAACAGAUGUUGAGUUGUGAUGUCAGAUACGUGGAGUUACGUUGUAUUUAUCUAGAAAGUGUUUGAAACAAAGUAUUCGAGUAUGAGGUGCAGUCAUACUCUUAAGUUAAUUAACAUGUCACUCACUUUCACUGUGUUUGGCGUUUUCUCAAUCUCAAGUCCUCUAAUGUGGUGAGAAUCUGUCACUUACCAGGGUUUGUAAGGAGACUGUCAGCAGAUCAGAUGACUCGAGAUUGAAGGAUAACAGUACCAACAGUAGGAGUGCAGAAGGUUACUCGACUUAUGGCUACGACUGUACAUCUGCCAGGUUAGGUUGCGAUUGAAGUGAGCCCGCCUUCCUUCUAUCAGCACUUUUGAGUAAAUGUAGGUAAUGGAGGAUUCUUGAGUGCUCGUGCUAUGAAGGACUGUGUGAAAGUAAUUUGCUUGUGGAGAUUUUAUGCAAGAAAAUAGUUACUUAAAGGGAGGAGCAAGUAGAGAAGUAGAGACCAUUCUUGCUAUGUGGAGUGAAUGUUGAGAUGGAGAAGUUUGACGGAAUAUUGAUUUGAGGCGAGCGAUGAGAUCAAAGAGAUUGCCGUAUUAAGACAGGCUGAUGUAAUUCUCUCUCUCUCUCUCUCUCUCUCUCUCUCUCUCUCUCUCUCUCUCUCUCUCUCCUCAGGUCACGGAGAUCGAUGGUGGCUCACAGGAGAUAUUGAUUCCGUGUCCCUUACUCGGCCAGGUGGCCCCGCUCGCUGCUAUGACGGAGGGAGUCGAUCGCCUCACGCACGGUUCGGGUACUGCCUUGGUCCGCCCGCCGCCCUUUGCCAUGUGUCAACCCGGCGCUGGUGUUGCGGAUUAUUUAUCAAUCUGACCUUAACACCGACAGUAAAAAUGGAUCGUAAUCUGAACUCGUAUUGUUCCAACGUGAUAUUUUUUAUAUGAGUGAAGGAAUCUGGCUAUAAAGAAACAAAUCGCUAUCUCGUCGCUUCCGAAAACAAAAAGGGAAAAAAAAAUUGUUAACCAGGGAAGAGCAGUCAGUGUAUUAAUUAAUUCGAUACCAGUAUCGUGAGGUAUGAAGUUCUUCGUGCUAUGAAUUAUGAAAGUGUCCCAGUAUCAGUACAAGUCUCGUUUGCUUGUGUAUCUUGUCUUGAUCGCUGUUGGUGCGUCGCGGCAGAACAGUCGAUAUUUCUGAAUAGCAUCCGUUCCCUCAGAUCUUAGCUUUGUGUUCUUCAACGUUUCGGCUUCAUAACUCAACUGCUUUCACCAGGCUGUAGUGGGAAUUGUUGGAGGUUUUCGAGAAUAUGAUUUUAGGACGAGGCUUAAAUUCAAGAGCAACCUUUAUACGUGCUGUAUUUUCUGCUUGCCUAAAAGGUGAUGAUAGGAAUCCUGCAUUCUGCACACCAACAGGAAAGACACCCAGGAUAAUAUGGGCCCUAGUCAUCACUCGUGGUUCAACUCAAAACAUUCGACCGGCCUUGACUCUCCUUUCGCUGCCUGUUUAUCUACUUACAUGUGUCGCCUGUAGGAAAGUUAAGAGCAUGAAGCUUGUCUGAGAUGGAGGAUGACUCUCUUCUGGUUGGGAGGGUGAAUGCGAGGGUGUCUUUACAUCGCCCCCCGGAUUUUCGUAAGAAGUCAAUGUGCACGGAAUGAAAUAUCAAUAAGUGUACUGCUGGUAUUCCAACGUCACCAAGGUUAAAAGAAAAUACAGUCGUCAACGUAGGACCAUAAUGCCGCCAGGAGUCUCAUUUCACAAGAGGAUGUACACUACUUACCAUAUACCAAGUUCAGACUCCACCUAAACAGCCCCGAUAAGACGGCACACCUUGCCCCAUCAUAGAAAUAAGAACACAGAGGUGGUUCCCAGUCCUCUCGCUCCGCCUCUUUUAUGAACACGCAGGGAAUAUGGUAUGGUGGCGGUAUUCUUCCCAGGCACCAUAGGGGGGAAAAAAAACGACAUGCACAAAAAGAAAUGCAUCUGUCGUUACUAGAACAUUUAUUACCAGAGUGGGAGUUUAAAAAGAUCGUUACGUGAUAAAAUUUUCCUCCACGUGUGAUUCUCAUCAUGAAAAAUCCAUGUUAUUUGUUCUGAGAGUCAUUAAGAUCAGUACUUCAUGGGCAGCGAACACAAGUGACUGAAUGAAGCUGAGCACCACCAGCCGGUAUUGUCACCUGCAGCAGGAAUCGUGCCGCGUGGCCCCCGAUGUCUGGCACUUGUCUUGAUUCGCUUCACACACUCACCAGGAACAGAGUGAACGUGAGCUGAGGACACACGCAGGGGAAAAAAAAAAAUUGAAUUGCUCACGUUUACCUUGCUCUACCCUUCCUCACCUUGCCCUUGACACUCACUCACCACCAUCACCACCACCACUACCGCCACCGCCUCACAUAGGGACGUGGCAUACAUACAGGUCUUAAUAAUCCCCGUAAUAAUAAUAAUAAUAAUAAUAAUAAUAAUUAUAAUAAUAAUAAUAAUAACAAUAAUAAUAAUGACCCCUUUUUUUAAGUUCAGUGGUGGGAUUCCCGUUUUCAAUUCCGUGGUCGAUGUGUGAACCACUCCUGCCUCACUCACCUGUUUGUACGUACGUGUGUUUCGUGUGCGUGUGCUCGCGUGUGUAUUGUACAAGUAUGUAUCUCAUCGUGAACCCUAUACUUUUUUUCUAUUACGUAUAUAUAUAACAGUGUUACGGACAGCGAUGGUCGUAUCGUCUCCCAAACACUGUGAACCACCUCCUCCCCUCAUCAAAGACACGUAUAACAGCCCCUCUUAUGUGAUAUUGUAGAUUUAGCGAAGAGCAGAGCGCGUGUUGACUGCUCUGGGGAAGGCGUGAAGGCAGCUGACCCAGGAACGUCCCUCACUCCUUCUCUUUCUCUCUCCGGUGCCUGGCGAUGGUGUAUACCUGUGCAGGGUGCCAGGGAGGGCCAGGCAGGAAGUGUAGUGGAGUUGCUGGGUGUUGCACUGAAGCCUGUGAGUUUAUGUAGUACAUGAGGUACCGGUGAGAGGAAAGACGUUUGUAAUUCGUGUUUUAUUGAUUGGUUUUAUAGAGGUUUUGUUGUAUAUUUGAUACCAGACGGCAGCUGGACACACACACACACACACACACACACACACACACACACACACUGCUCGUUAGUUCAUUGAUACGAGUAACGCCCUAGCUCGUCACUUAGCAGGUUGAAGUUCGCUCCCUGCGCUUGUCCCAAAGAUUUUCACUGACGAGCAGGUGUUAACGUGUCCAUGAAGCAGCAGUGUGGGGUGUGUGUGUGAAAGAGUCUCAGCUUCACUCAGAGAUCAGGAUUGUAAUGACUGGUUGGUGAUUGAGUCCAGCAAGUGAUUGGCAAGACUGUGGGUGAAUUACACACACACACACACACACACACACACACACACACACACAACCUUCUACCCUUCCCGGUGACUCGGCGCAACAACCUGCAUCAUGUAUCAAGGAACACGAGCAGGUCGCCUCGCCCCUGCCACCAACCCAGACCAGGAGGGUGCGAGAUGACUGCUCAUACAGGACCAUAUUCUGAAACACUUCUGUCCGCACCGCCACUACAUUAAAAAAAUUCUAAGUGAAAUUACACAAGUUUUUAAGGGUGUUUUAAUGUUUCUGUUGACAAAUUAACAAAAUUUCUACAUAAUUAUCAGGAGAAAGACCCUUGAGAACCAGGCUAGUCACAUCUUUGGCCUACGAAAAUAGUCGUGGUGAUAGAGCAAAGGGUUUCUGUAUACGGGCCUAGGCGUUCCCCGCGGCUGGACACGCGACUCUCGGUGUGGCGUGGUUACUUGCACUGCCAAUGUAGUGAUCCAUAGCGAAAGUUGUCAUGCAAGGUGAAUCAUUAUUAUAUACAGACCGUAGUACUUCAUAAGGAUCGCGUGGACGUCAGCCGUUCCUCUUACACUAUAGGUUAGGUUAUCUUAGGUUACCGAUAGAUGAAAUGACGAUACGAAUGCCUAAUUAAAGUUACAUAAUCUAGUCUAUUGCAGGUAUAACUUAGGUUAGGUCAGAUCAGAUUACUCAUAGAUUUAUAGAUAGGUAGAUAGAAAAAUAGAUAAAUAACCUAACCCCGUCUAGUCAACAGCAGGUAUAGCAUAGGUUAGGAUAGGUUAGAUUGUCCAUAAGUUCAUAGAUAGAUAAGUUAGGUCAGGUUAGAAUAUCCGCAGAUUCAUAGAUAGGUGAAUACUAGCAACUUAAGCUAACCUAAUCUAAUCCCACCCGCAGUGUAGCUGUCGUGGCUGGCGUUCCCGCGGUCCGUCAUAACAUUAGCCUCAAGCAGGUUGGAGGGAGUAACAAUACUAGACAUGUUUUCUAUGUGGUGAGUUCUGUGUUUUCCUGAUAACGGUGAUAAAGGUGAUAACUUUUGUAUGGUGUUAUGCCGUCAGCACCACCGCGGGAGAGCGACGCUGUCCGGUGUUUGUUUGUGUACAUAUAUAUCAAUGAUCCAGUUUAUCCUGUGAUGCUAUUAAUAAAACUUUUAUACCUGGA